AUGGAGAAGUUGGACAUUUGUAAGAAAGGACAUUCUAGCAUAGAUGGCUCAAGUCAUGGCAAGAAAAUGAUUGAAGGAGAUGCAAAACCAAUCAAUGUCGAUUUGGAAAGAGAAGAUGAAUGUGGGAUAUGCUUAGAGCCGUGCACCAAAAUGGUUUUGCCUAAUUGCUGUCAUGCCAUGUGUAUCAAAUGCUACCGCAAAUGGAACAAACUGUCAGAGUCUUGCCCUUUUUGCCGUGGUAGCUUAAGGAGAGUUAACUCUGAGGAUCUAUGGGUGCUCACUUGCAAUGAAGAUGUUGUUGAUGCUGAAACAGUUUCCAAGGAGGACUUUCUACGUUUCAACCUUUAUAUCAACAACCUACCUAAAGAUCACCCGGAUGCGCUUUUCAUAAUGUAUUAUGAAUAUCUCAUUUGA